GGUGCACACUUCCUUCAAACACGUGUUUCACUGGGACAAUAGUGAGUGGUGCACACUUCCUUCGCCCGGCCACAGAAGACAAAAAAGAGUUGCUGGUGUAACAAUAGGAAGAAUAUAUUCCACUCCUCUCUUGUACACGCGGCUUAUGAGAUGAACGCUCGUCAAGAAGAACGUCCCCUUCAGCAGCAGGAGGAUCCACAGCCCCCCCACAUUAAAGAGGAAGAGGAGGAAGUGUGGAUCAGUCAGGAGGGAGAGUGUCCUGUAGGGCAGGAGGAGGCUGAUGUCAGCAAGUUUCCACUGACUGUUGUCUCUGUGAAGACUGAAGAGCAUGAAGACAAACCACCUGAGUCCUCACAGCUUCAUCACAGUCCAAACGUCUGUGGAGAACAACGUCUGCCUGAAAAAAAGGAGAGUAGCUUCAGGAUGGUGAAGGAGGAUCCUUCAAAGAGGAAGACCAGGCGCCACGGACCCUCUGGCGUCUCCUUUUCCUCUUUGACACAGACCCUUCCCUGUAAAAAGGAAGAGGAAGACUCACUGACGCCCCACAUUAAAGAGGAAGAGGAGGAACACAGCAUCACUCAAGAGGGAGAUCAUCUUGAAGGACUGGAGGAGUUCCCAGUGACUGGUGUCCCUGUGAAGAGUGACGAUGAUGAGGUGAAAGGUGAAAGUGAGGAGAGGGGAGGGGGGGAGCCUCCAAGCAGCAGCUCAACACAACACAUGACAACAGAAGCUGAUGGAGACCACUGUGGAGGAUCACAAGCAGACAAGCUCUUAGCUCCACUAUCAGAUAGUGAGGACACAACGUCACACUCUCCUGACACUGAUGAUGAAGACUCUAAAGAUGAUAAGACAUGUCACACUGACAACACUCACUUCACAUCUUCUCUCUCUCACAAAACUUUUAAAUACCAUUGUCGUCUGAAAAGACACGUGAGAACAUACACUGGAGAAAAACCUUUUAUCUGUUCAGUCUGUGAUUAA